GGACGGUUCAGCUUCGAGGGCCAUCGUGGCAGCGUGGCAGCGUGGCUCUAGCCUUGCCUUGCCGAGGUCUGUCCCACACAGAUGGUCCAUGGUACGGAGCACACUGAGGAUCGCUAGGCAGUCAGGCAGUCAUGUACAACAUGCCCGGCACGAGGGGGACAAGGCAACCGAUGCCAUGUUGACGAACCCCAAUUACACACGUUGGCUCGCCGGGCCUCACCUCAUAUCGCCUGCUGCCGCCCGCCAAGUACACGCAUCUGCUGAUAUCCCAUCCAACAUCAACAAAACCCUCGAGGCGUCGGCAGUAAGCCGCGAGGGCUGAGGGAGGAUGUGCCCACCCGGCCCAUCGGCCAUUUUGUCACGAAUACAGGCAUACUGAUAAAGAUGCGCCGUUGUAUGACCCUCGACAAAAACUCUUCACGCGACCGCUGAGCACGCAACCUUAUCAGUGGGGUGGCGACCUGCCAAUUGCAGCAGAACCGCCAAGCCGCCAGUCCGUAUUUGACCGAGUUGGAGAGCAGCCAGCAGCCAGCAGCCAUGUCUCGACUCUCGAGCACGAAGUCCCGCCAAGAUCUUACUGUGCCGUUUCCCACCCACGGUCUGCCAGGUUUCCCCCGCCCCAAUCGGUCCUUACCAUCACCGUGGCCACCGGCAUGGUCGCGUGGGUUCCGUCCAGUUUUUGCUGUUCUUCUAAUCUUCCAGCCCUCUGGCAUCGUUUGCGAUCCGGAUUGGUUCAAACAGCACAUGGGCCGAGGUACAACCGAAGUGCUCACAGACAACCGUGGUGCAAACGAGAUAUCGAUAAUAUCCUGUCAUGUGCUGUCGUAAAAACCAAAACAAAUACAAGACGUCAGCAUUCAACAAUCGCGGUGGCCACUAGAGAUUACCCUAGGGCAGACUGGGUAGUGGUUGGAUAGGCCCUUUUACCUUUUUGCCUCUGUCAAUCUCAGGUCCGGCCCCGUGCGCUCGUCGAUUUAACGUUGCAGUAGUGUAGGCUGGAACCUGUCGGCCUGCCGGUCACCCUAUGGACCGCCACGCUCGCUGCCCCCAAAACACCCGCCAACGAAUCAGGGCACCUCGGCUGCCGUCGCCCGACCCUUGAGCCUCCCCAUCUUCCCAUUCACCUGUGUCAGGGGCCCCUGCACAUGGGUGAUGGGCCAUUCCAGGGUGGUUGUUGGGGUGGAGACCACAUGCGGAGGCGUGCGGCGGGACUAACAGUAACAUUUGAAUCGUCCUCGUUGCGCUAGGUUCCAUCACCGCGGCUAGGUCAUUUCUGGCUGUAUCCAGCUACCUGGUCUGGCCUAGAUAGACUUACAUGGGUGACAUGGGUGAAUGAAGGGCACACAUCUGAGCAGGGGCGAGAUCAACCCGAGGCCCUGCAGCUUGUUCCAGCGAGCGAGAGAGAAUAAAGUUGCUGGCAUGUCCCAGGUCGUUUGCCUUUGCACGCCUCCCCCCUCCCUGCCCCCUCUUCCACCCUCUCCCCAAACUUCCAUUCAUCAGGUUCAGCCAUGUCGCAGACCGUGAACUUGGACAGAGCCGAGAUCGCUCAGGCUGAAGUUGCCAUCCAUGGCACUGAGCCUGGCCCACCUCUGGGCACGGUCGACGAGCUGAGGGCCGGCAAGGGCAGCAUCGAUGUCACAAACAUCCCUGACAGCUCCCACGGCGGCGACGGCCUGCUCGACGAAGACUACCCCUUUCCCACAGAAGAGGAGCUGCGCACACUCCGCAGGGUCUCCGGCAAGAUCAACUGGGCUGCCUACUCGGUUGCCGUCUGUGAGCUGGGAGAGCGUUUCUCCUACUACGGCUCCAGCAUACUCUACACCAACUUUGUAGUCCACGCUCUCCCAGAUGGCUCCAAUACCGGUGCUGGGUACGGUCGUGGAGGCCAGUCCGGCGCCUUGGGUCUCGGCUCUCGCGCCGGCCAGGGCAUUUCACUCACAAACCAGUUCUUUGCCUACCUGGUUCCUCUGUUCGGUGGCUGGCUCGCUGACGCCAAACUCGGCCGCUACAAGGUCAUUCACAUCGCCAUCUGUGUCUCCAUGAUUGCCCACGUUAUCCUGGUGGCUGCUUCAGCCCCCAGCGUCAUCACCCACCCCAACAACUCUCUCGGCGCCUUCGUCAUCGGCAUGCUCGUUCUGUGUAUCGGCACCGGUCUGUUCAAGGCCAACGUGGCACCGCUUCUGGCCGAGCAGAAUCACGACCGCCGCAUGUACGUCGAGACCACCAAGAAGGGCGAGAAGGUCAUCGUCGACCCCGCCGUCACAAACACCCGUAUCUUCCUCUACUACUACAUGGCCAUCAACCUCGGCUCCCUGUCCGGCCAGAUCUCCAUGGUCUAUGUUGAGCUGUACGUCGGCUUCUGGCUGGCCUUCCUGCUCCCAACCGUCAUCUUCGCCAUCUGCCCAAUCAUCCUCUUCCUCAUGAAGAAGAAGUACACCCUGAGCCCUCCUACCGGCUCCGUCCUGGGCAAAUUCUUCAAGAUGUUUGGCCUGGCCAUGAGGGGGAACUGGGGCAAGAUCUUCAACCCGCCCAGCUUCAAGCGCAGCUUCACCUGGGAUGCUGUUCGCCCGUCCAACAUUCCCGUCGAGAGCCGGCCGGGCUGGAUGACCUACGAUGACGAGUGGGUCGACGAGGUCCGACGUGGUCUCAAGGCCUGCAAGGUCUUCCUCUUCCUGCCAAUCUUCUUCCUGGCUUACAACCAGAUGACCAACAACCUCACCACGCAAGCCUCGACCAUGGAGCUGCACGGCGCGCCGAAUGACCUGAUCCAGAACCUCAACCCCAUCUCCAUCGUCAUCAUGAUCCCCAUCCUGGACCGAUUCGUCUACCCGGGCCUGCGCAGGAUCGGUAUCAACUUCACCCCGCUGAAGCGCAUGGCCUUCGGCUUCGGCUUCUCCGCCAUGUCCAUGGUCGCCGCCGCCGUCAUGCAGUACUACAUCUACAAGAUGUCCCCCUGCGGCGACCGCACCACCGACGAGGGCUGCGUGGCGCCCAUCAACGUGUGGGCCCAGUGCCUGCCCUACGUGCUGGUCGGCCUGUCCGAGAUCUUCACCAACACCACGUCGUACGAGUACGCAUUCUCCAAGGCGCCAGACAACAUGAAGUCGGUGGUGAUGAGCGUCAACCUGUUCAUGUCGGCCGUGUCGUCGGCGCUGGGCCAGGCGUGGACCCCGCUGGCCGGCGACCCCAACUGGGUGUGGAACUACGGGUCCGUGGCCAUCAUCGCCGCGGCGGGCGGCGUCGGGUUCUGGCUGUGCUUCAAGGACCUCGACAAGGAGGAGGACAAGUGGAACAACCUCAAGAAGUCCGAGUACAAGGGCAGCCAGCAGCCCAACGCGGGCCACACCGGUGCCGACAAGAGCCUCGAGGCCGAGGGGGUUAAUGAGGUUCCUAGUGAGAAGAUCUAGGCUGGUCGGGGCGGGGCGUUUUCUUUUUAGAAGAAGGAGAUAUCCAAUCCACCCAGAAGGGGCUCUUGGGAUCAUGGUGAGAUGGAUUGAUGGAUGGGCCUUGAUUAUGAGGACUUCCCUCUCUCUCUCUUCCUGUAGUCUCCCAUUUAUUAAUGAGCCUAGCCGAGUCAGCCAGCCCACUGCGGUAGAAUGUGGUGGUUGCUGUGGAACUGAGUAUAUUUAAAUAUGAUUGUAAUGAUGUAA